AUGUCAAGUACAUUGGCACUCUCAGGACAGGGUCCUGUCACACUGGACUGGGCUCUCGACCAAGAAACCAAUGUCAUCAAUUGGUCCACCUACGGGCCUGCGGCUGGCAGAGUCGCCCAAGAUCUCUGGUCACAAAGGGAAACCAUCCAAGAUCUGAUCAGACACCACUUGAACCUGGGACAACAGUAUGGAUGCACUGUGCUGCCGCUGAAGCACUGGAUUCAAGGCGGCUUUAAUAUCUGCGUCAUGGUCGAGGUUCGCACGCUCGGCACAAGGAACGAAGCCUUCCGAGUUGUCUUUCGCUGCCCCAUGCCGCAUAAGCUCUCCGAGGCUCAUUACCCUGGAGCAGUGGAUGAGAAGAUGGGGUGCGAGGUCGGGGUCUAUGCUUGGGUGGAAGAACACUGCCCAGAGAUCCCCUCGCCGCACCUCUAUGGCUUCGGUUUUAGCAACGGUCGACACUUCACCCAUUCAAUGCAUUUGCCGCUGCUCCACCGGAUCAGCUACCCAAGCCACAAUCUUACCUCAGCAUAUAUGCUGCUCGAGUAUCUUGGACCUGAUACCGGCCGCAUGCUUUUCGACACUUUCGAUUCGCAGCGCGGAGACUUGGAAAAAAGACGGCGGUUGUUCACAGGCAUGUCUCGGAUCAUGCUCUCGUUGGCAAAGAUUCCGCAGCCGAGGAUUGGGUCUUUUUGCUUUCACGACGACGGGACCGUCACAUUAACAAACCGACCUCUCUGCUGCUCGACCAUGAUCCUUGAGAAUGAUACUGGAGCCAGGUCAAUGCAAAGAAGCGACACCUAUACGUGCACUGACGCUUAUGUUGCUGAUAUGCUUGCCCUCCAUGAUCAGCGAUUCCUCAAGCAGCCUAACGCGGUCAACGAUGAGGAAGACUGCCAUUUCCAGAUGGCAACCAAGGUUCUGCUCCGUGUCUACUCACGUUCCUUCAUUCAGAAACAAUUUAGGCAGGGGCCAUUCUUGCUGCACCUAACCGACUUUCAUGCCAGCAACUUGAUAGUUGAUCAGGAUUGGAAUGUCACAGGCUUGAUCGACCUCGAAUGGAUCUGUGCGCUCCCUUUCGAGAUGCACCAGGUACCAUACUGGCUGACCGGCUGCGCAAUCGACGGACUCAAGGGCGAGGGCCUGGUUAAAUUCAAUCAAGUCCGUCAGGAGUUUCUUCGCAUAUUUGAAGCGGAAGAACAGUCAGCCCCCGCUCAUGCUUUUAGUCUGACUAGGAUCAUGGAGGAGACAUGGGACUUGGGCGGAGUAUGGUUUUGGUAUUGCCUAUCUUCCGUCAACGCCAUGUAUUUCUUCCUCGAGGCGUAUAUCUUGCCGGCGUGGUCCUUGUCGCCCGAGGCGGAGAAGAUCAUAUCAAAGUUCUGGUCCCGAGAUUCGGAAGCUGUUGUGAAAGCAAAGCUCGAGGAUCGCAAGGCGUACGACAAGGAGCUUCGCGGGCUAUUUGGGCACAACCAAGAAGCCUAG